AUGGCGGACGUGUGUAUUUUGUUUUCAGACCAUUUGCAAUAUUUUGUCACGCGAUCGUGUGUCACGGUAUCGUCAAACAUUCGCGAAUUUCCUUUUAAAUUCGUUGAAUUUUGAAACAAACACGGAGAUAACGGAAAUCUCUCGAUUAUUCUGAACGGUUGUUCGUCAGACCGGGAGGAUGAACGGAAUGGUAAAAACUGCAAACAUACGAUAGAUUUUCGUUGUUUCGUGGAUAGUUUCGAAGGAUUUAGUGAAAGAUGCUUCAAACGUUGCGCGAACGUUCGCAGAAACGCAAGAAGCUGCUUGCUCAAACGUUGGGCGUCUCGAGCGUAGACGAGUUGCGGCAGAUUCUUGGAACGGACGUCGACGACACGCAGAAGAAAAAGUUGAAGUCCGUGACGGAGAAGUCGGAGAACGGUGUGAAAGAUUCAAAGGGCGAAACAGCGCCGACCGACGAGAUCGUUUACAAGGAUUCGUCCACAUUUUUAAAGGGCACUCAGUCGUCGAAUCCGCACAAUGACUACUGUCAACAUUUCAUCGACACGGGCCAACGGCCCCAAAACUUCAUUCGAGACGUGGGUUUGGCCGACAGAUUCGAAGAAUAUCCGAAACUGCGUGAGCUGAUCAAGCUGAAGGAUGACUUGAUCGCCGAAACCGCGACACCGCCCAUGUACCUAAAAACAGAUUUGCUCACGUACAAUUUGAAGGAACUCAACUGCAAAUUUGACGUGAUUUUGAUUGAGCCUCCUCUAGAGGAGUAUCAACGAACCUGCGGUGCCACGAACGUGCAACUUUGGAACUGGGACCAGAUAAUGGAAUUGGACAUCGGCGAAGUGGCGGCCAAUCGAAGCUUCGUGUUUCUCUGGUGUGGUAGCAGCGAUGGGCUCGACAUGGGACGUUUUUGCCUUCGGAAAUGGGGCUUCAGACGAUGCGAGGAUAUAUGCUGGAUUCGCACCAAUAUCAAUAAUCCGGGGCACAGUAAAAACCUGGAUAGCAAGGCGGUUCUUCAGAGGACUAAAGAGCAUUGUCUGAUGGGUAUCAAGGGCACUGUCAGGCGAUCCACGGAUGGAGAUUUCAUUCACGCGAACGUCGACAUCGACCUGAUUAUUUCGGAGGAACCGGAAUAUGGUUCUAUAGAGAAGCCAGUCGAGAUUUUUCAUAUAAUCGAACAUUUUUGUCUUGGCAGACGACGAUUGCAUUUGUUCGGUCGAGAUAGUACCAUUCGACCAGGAUGGCUCACCGUUGGCCCUGAGCUAACCAACACGAAUUUCAACGCAGAUCUCUACACUAGUUACUUCGCUAACGGUCAAAUCACCACUGGUUGCACUGAACGUAUCGAAGCUCUCAGGCCAAAAUCUCCACCACCAAAGGGGAAAGUCGCUGGUCGUGGUAGAGGCGGUUUCAGUCGAGGACGUGGCAGAGGAAGGUAAAACGGGUCCGGCUCGACGAUCGUUUCAAGCCCUCUCUUCACGUACUGUAACAAUCAAAUACACCACGUGCGUUGGCAGACCAACAGGCAUCUUUCACUAAGAAACUCGGUGUCACAUGAAGAAAACUUGUACCUUUGUAUUGUACGAUAUUUGUUUUUACAUAUUGUGAUAUAAUUUGUUUCGAAUACAUCGCGCUAUUGAAUAUUCCAA